CAAACCCUUAAUCAAAUGAGGUUUCUUAGGUUAUCAUCAUUAGUACAUAUGUUUCUUAGGUUAACUUUUAGCUAAUUUUGCUUAGAAAUUGUACAUAAUCGCCUAGUUUGUGAAUUUUGUUUUGAGUUUGUGUUGUUAGAUGUUGCAAAUAUAUACGUUACUUAUCAAUCAGAAUUUUGUUAUUAUAUUAUCGUCUAUGUAUUUGAUUAAAUGUCCUGAACGGUAGUUGUGGAUUUAGUUACUAAUAUGUAAAAGUGAAUUUGUAGCUGUUAACAAGUUAUCGUUGUUGAAUACAAGAUGCAUGGUUUGUAUUGCCCAAAUAAGAUGCAAUCUUAGUUAUUAUCAGCUUUCCUUGUUUUUCCUGUCCUCUUCUAGUCAAGACAUUGUCAAGCUUUGUUUCACAUUUUGUUGAAGAUCCCCUAUGUGUGAACAUGUUCAACAAACGUUGCGGAAUAAGGAUUCAGUACCCUGUCAAUUGCCCACUUCCACCUAGUAUCUAUCAGUAUUGAACUUUGAAUUUUUAGGAUAAAUAUACCACGGACACUAAUUCUUUCUGGUGGAUGACUUAAUCAUAAACCUUAUGAGCCGGAACCAUUCAUAUCUUGGAGUGUGAGCUGCUGUUCAGUGGCAAAUCUAUCUGGUAUUAGUUUUGCAGCUACUAUCGAGAAAAGGGUUUAUACAAUUCUUUUAAGCAGAUGGAAGCUCAUAAGUCUUUCAAGUCGAAUGAUGGUCCUCCAAGUCACCGCCAGUUAACUCUUAUUAGGAUAGUUAGGGGCCUUUUGUGUUUAUUAAUACUACUUUUAACAGCAUUUAUGAUGCUGGUAUGUUGUUCCCCUUUUACCGCUAUAGUUAUACGAUUUUUUAGUAUACAUUAUAGCAGGAAAGCAACGUCGUUCUGUUUUGGUGCCUGGCUUGCUCUGUGGCCUUUUCUUUUUGAGAAGAUAAACAAGACUAGAGUUAUUUUCUCUGGAGAACCUGUUCCGCCCAGGGAACGUGUUCUGCUUAUCGCAAACCAUCGAACUGAGGUUGACUGGAUGUACUUGUGGGACCUUGCACUGCGAAAAGGCAGCUUGGGAUAUAUCAAGUAUGUUUUAAAGAGCAGCUUAAUGAAAUUACCAGUCUUCGGUUGGUCAUUCCACAUUCUAGAUUUCAUUUCAGUGGAGAGAAAAUGGGAAGUUGAUGCCUCAAAAAUGCGCCAGAUGCUUUCAACUUUUACUGAUCCUCGAGAUGCGAUGUGGCUCGCUGUAUUCCCAGAGGGCACUGAUUAUACUGAGCAGAAGUGCAUGAGGAGUCAGAAGUACGCAGCUGAAAAGGGUUUACCUGUCCUAAAAAAUGUGCUUCUGCCGAAAACAAAGGGUUUUCAUGCAUGCUUGGAUACUCUGAGGAACUCCUUGGAUGCAGUUUAUGAUGUAACAAUUGGCUACAGGCACCGAUGCCCUACCCUCAUGGACAAUGUGUAUGGGGUGGAUCCUUCCGAAGUUCACAUUCACAUUCGACGUAUACCCCUAACCAAGAUCCCAAUAUCUGAAGAUGAGACUGCUGCUUGGCUGAUGAAUACCUUCGAGCUCAAAGAUCAUUUGCUCUCUGAUUUUAAUGCUAAAGGCCAUUUCCCUUGUCAAGGAACUGAGGGAGAUCUGCCAAUAGUGAAAUGCCUGGUUAAUGUCAUUGUGGUAAUCUCCUUGACCAGCUUAGGUGUCUUCCUCUUGUUUUUCUCUGUUUGGUUCAGAGUAUAUGUGACUUUAGCCUGUGCUUGUCUUUCAACUGUUACCUACUUCAAUAUCCGCCCAUCUCCGGUUACUGGCAUUGUUAAGGAAAUGUUUAGUCGGAGUAAUCAAAGUUGUGAGUAGAGAAUGUCAGCCAGAUCCAAAAUUUUAAUAGUCAGCAUAAAUCAGAACCCCUUGUAGUGUACUAUACCAUGUUUGGAUGAAUAAUGGUUUCUGUAAUAGUUCAGGCGCCAGUUAUAUGUGGUAAAUUCAAACGGUGGGGGACUUUCCUCUGUUGAACACUUGCAACAUUGUUACAAGCUUGCAUCUCAAGUAUACACCAGAAAAGCUCUCAAUUACUAGAGAAGCUCUUUAUCAAUCGAACUAUUUGAUU